CAAACCAGCUGAUUUGUUAUAAACACACAAUCACAAAAGACGCGCAAUUUGUAUGAUUCGGAUUAAAUUCUUGUUUUAAAUAUGGGCCUUGGAAGCGUUGACAGGGAGAAUGAAACCGACCAGUUCAGCUUCCCCGCAAGCUGGCAGGACAGCGGUAGAAUGCAGGUGCAGUUCUCCAUGUUUCGAUCGAGACAUCUGGAUGCGGAGGGCUACGACGCAAAAAUGAAAUUCUGGAUGGAUUUAAUUGAAAAAUAUCUGAAGUUCAGCGGACGACCAAUCUUCAGCCUGCGGGAUCUGCAGCUGCUGUUCAUGAGGGGUGACCAACUGCCCGCAUGCCUGGACACCGUGAUAUCCGAGAUGCACCAGAGGAAGCAGAUCCGCUCUCGCAGUGAAUUCGAGUACGAUCCGGCCAAUUCCUGGGGGGGAUGGCUCGUCAACAGCUUGGUAAAGCGUCCCCUUUCAUGGAGCUGGUCGAAAAUCAAGCACAGCGUGGUGACGGAGGACCUGGAAGCCUCCGCUUUAAUUGAAUGGAUUCACCUUAAUGCCUUAAACAAUACUUGCGAUUCCAUCGCCGAAAAAGUCCUGUCGGAAAACACUGGAAAACUACUGCACUUCAAUGCUUUUAAAACGCUUUGUAAGACUCACGGAGUUCGCGUUUACUCAGACAAAGAUCUAUGCGUUUGCCUGUUGGCCUUAAAUGUUCGUCAAAUCGUUGGCCUAGAAUUUAAAGUAGAAAAAGGCAUACGCCAAAUUCACUUGAUCAAAAUACCAAAAAAACAGGGCGAUGAUCUUAAUAUAAGCCAAGAAGACCAGGCCGUCCACAAUCUUCAGAAUACCCAAGCUCAGUUACUCAAGCAGUUGGAGGACCUAGAGGAGGAGAUCAAGGUGAACGAUGACAAAGUGCGCCAGUACAUGAAGGAAAACAAGCGGCAAAUGGCAAAAACCUAUCUACGAAAAAGGCAUCUCCUGGAAAAGAAUCAUGAACGUCGCAGUCUUGCCCUGCACAACAUCGAAUCUCUUCUGUCGAGUGUGGAUGAGGCCCAGAACAGUGGCGUUGUUCUGGAUGCCUACAAGAUCGGAUCAAAUACCUUGAAGAAGGUUCUCUCGAAUUCUGGAUUGAUUUACGACAAUGUCGACGAAGUCUUGGCCGAUGUGCGGGACACUCUCGAUCAGCAUCGGGAAGUUCAGGACGUAAUGUCCAAUAGCGUUGUGGAGAACGCGAGCCAGGAAGAGGAUCAACUUGAGCAGGAAUUGCGUGAACUGUGCGGAGAAUCUGCGCCGGCUACGUUCAGUCCACAUAUUAAUAACAACCUAAGGGCGGAGGUUGUGAUUACGGACGAGGAGAUGAUUGCCAUGCUGCAGGAUCUUGAGGUGGAGGAUGGUACUGUAUCGCAAUCAAGUGUCAAACCCGUGAAAACUGCGAUAUAAAUGUUGUGUUUCUUUAAAUGGCAUUUGAACUGCUAUAUUUCUAAAUUUAUUAAAUUUUAUAAUGCGUUUUUAUUACAAGGAAGAAACGUGA